AUGGGUCUAAGUUCAAGUGCCAUCAUCGUCAUUGUCCUCAUAGCCGCCCUCGGAGCGGUAGCAACAGCUGCUGGUAUAUUUGGUGUUAUCAAUCCAGACGAGGACAGUUUUAAAUCUCCAUCGCCGGAACAACAACAGCACAUGCGGAGGGUCCGUGAAAUACACUUUGAUAUCAUUGAGCGGGAAUCGGGAAGGAAUAUGAAGAGCUUUCAAGAAGGGGCGCAAACGCCACAGAAAUAG